UCUUCUUUUGCCUCCUUAUAAAGCAUCUUUCAAAUUUUUCUUUUCAAUUCCCCAAUUAUACUGUUUAAAAAAAAUGCUAAUCAAAACCCUAAAUCACUCUUUUUCUUCUUUAAUUUCAAUUAAAACCCCUAAUUUUAGAGAACACAAUCAUUACUCUUCCCAAUCUUUAAUUACCUAUAAAAAACAAGAAAAAUUGCGCCUUUAUAAUUCAAUAAAGACUCCAAGGAAUAGGUUUAUAAGUAACUGUAUAGUUAGUUCAAGCAAAGAUGUAGUUAAUAAUGAUGAUGAUAAUAAUAACUGCAGCAAAGAAAUUCAGAGAGAUAAUGACGGUGACAUGGCUCAGUUUGAAGAAGAAGUGGCCGUACUGGGCGGAGGUAAGGUGGGGCGAACUGGGGCGGGCAUAUGGAAACAAAUGAAAGAGAUUGUAAUGUUUACCGGGCCAGCUACAGGUCUUUGGUUAUGUGGGCCAUUGAUGAGUUUAAUUGAUACUGCUGUUAUUGGUCAGGGAAGCUCAAUUGAGCUUGCUGCUUUAGGACCGGGUACUGUGGUUUGUGAUUAUAUGAGCUAUGUGUUUAUGUUCCUUUCUGUGGCCACUUCGAAUUUGGUUGCUACUUCCCUUACUAGACAGGAUAAAGAUGAAGUUCAACAUCAAAUAUCUAUUCUUCUUUUUGUUGGCUUGGUGUGUGGGAUCUUUAUGUUUUUGUUUACAAGAUUCUUUGGUUCAUGGGUGUUAACUGCUUUUACUGGACAGAAGAAUGCACAUAUUGUACCUGCAGCAAAUACAUAUGUUCAGAUUCGAGGCCUUGCCUGGCCUGCAGUUAUUGUUGGAUGGGUUGCUCAAAGUGCAAGCCUUGGGAUGAGAGAUUCUUGGGGACCUCUGAAGGCUCUGGCAGUUUCUAGUAUCGUAAAUGCUGUUGGCGAUGUAGUUCUUUGCAGCUAUAUGGGUUAUGGAAUUGCUGGUGCUGCAUGGGCAACAAUGGUGUCUCAAAUUAUUGCAGCUUACAUGAUGAUUGAUGCUUUGAACAAGAAAGGGUACAGCGCAUUUGCUAUUACUAUUCCAACAUUUAAUGAACUUUUGGUAAUAUUUGGGCUUGCAGCUCCAGUGUUUGUAACAAUGGUGUCAAAGGUGGCCUUCUAUUCUCUACUUAUAUAUUAUGCUACAUCUAUGGGCACAAAUUCUGUGGCCGCUCAUCAGGUCAUGAUUCAAACAUAUAGCAUGUGUACAGUAUGGGGUGAGCCUCUUUCUCAAACUGCACAGUCAUUUAUGCCUGAGUUGCUAUAUGGUGCCAAUAGAAGCUUGGCAAAGGCUCGGAUGUUGCUAAAGUCGCUAGUGAUAAUUGGAGCUACACUAGGAUUGGUGUUGGGAACUAUUGGAACAUCUGUUCCUUGGUUCUUCCCCAAUCUUUUUACGCCUGAUCAAAACGUCAUACAGGAGAUGCACAAAGUGCUGUUGCCAUACCUUAUGGCUUUGGCUGUGACACCUAGCACCCAUAGCCUCGAAGGAACAUUGAUGGCUGGACGCGAUUUAAAAUUCUUUAGCUUAUCAAUGACCGGAUGCUUUGCUUUCGGUGGCCUUGUACUUAUGCUUGUGAGCAGCAGAGGAUACGGCUUGGCUGGUUGCUGGUUCGCGCUAGUAGGAUUUCAAUGGUCGCGGUUUUUCCUUGCUCUGCAACGACUUCUUUCUCCCGAUGGCGUAUUGUACUCGGAAGACUUGAGCCGAUUUAACAUGGAGAAGCUAAAAGCUGCUUAGCUUAGUACAUGAAGGAAAAAUACAGAAUCAUUAGGUUACACAUAGUGUUCAAUUCUUAUACAGGACCUGAUCUGCAAAACCAGCAGAAACUUGUCCUAAAUUCUCAUUAUUUCAAGCUGUGAUAUGCUUUCUUGACAGGCUUCAAGGUCUGCUAUAUCAAUGGCAACUGUAUGUUACUUUGUCCCAAUGAAUUAAUGGUAGCUUAAAUCUCAUUCAAUGUUUGA